AUGCUCUACAGAACAAGGCCAACACAGCACAGAAACGAUUGAAAUGAUGGAUGAUAAGCGGCCUGUUAUUUUAUUGCAUGUUGUAUCAACAUAAUUGAUUUUUGAUUUUUGAUAAAGAUCCUGUGAAGUUCAAAUAGAUUUAUCCAGCAAUAAGAGCGUUGAGAUAUUCUUGUUGAGAAUUUAAAUUUCAAAUGCUUUUAAUCAAUGAACUUAAACAAUACAGUGAUACACAAUUUGAGACAUCAGCUAAAUAAGGUAUUAUAAAAGGUUUUAACUCUUUAGUAAAAAUAUAACUCUGUAGUGAACACGAACAAAACUUCUUGUUAUACUGUUCACUGAGUUGGAGCCAUGUUGUUUUUUAAAAUAGCAUUCUCCAUUUCAAUACCCAUAAGUCUUUUUCUAUUUGUAAGUAUUUUUUUCAAUAUCGUCUCUAAUUCUCGCUUUGUCUGAUAUGUGAUCAUUACUGAAAAAUAAUUUGAAUAUAAACAUAAAAUCUUACACUUAGAAAACUAUAAACUGGCAGAUAUACUGCUACUUCUGAUCAUAUAAUUAUUUGAUUUUACAGGCAAUUCUGCAAUGAAAUUCCGGUGACUGAUGAUACUCCAUUCUACAUUGUCAAUCUAUCUCACUAUGCCCGCCAGUAUCUCCAGUGGCUUCACUUUUUAGGUCGAAUACAUCCAUUCUACGCUGUCAAAUGUAAUCCGAACGGAUUCAUCGUUCGAAUUAUAGCUGAAAUGGGCGGUGGUUUUGAUUGUGCUUCAGUCGAAGAACUCGAUCUCGUGCGUGCAACAUGUGGCGUCGAUUUUGACUAUGCAGCACGUAUCAUUUUUGCCCAUCCGUGCAAGAGUGUCUCUCAUAUAAAACAAUUUCGCGAGGCGGGUGUGCGGAUGACAGUGGUGGAUAACGAAGAUGAGCUCAAAAAAUUAAAGGAACAUUGGCCUGAAGCGAAAGUUCUUCUUCGUCUCAAACCCGACGAUAAAGGUUCUCUCAGUCCUUUCUCAACGAAAUUCGGCGCCAACGAACUUGAAUGCAUUACUCUACUGCGAAUGGCUCGUCUAUUAGGCGUUCAACUCGUUGGCUGCUCGUUUCACGUCGGAAGUAGAUGCCUUGAUGCACAAAUCUAUACGCAAUCUCUUCGGCUAGCUCGACGUCUUUUUGAUAUUGCUGGUCGGGAUGAAUUUGGUUUUGACUUCAAGGUAUUGGAUAUCGGUGGCGGUUUUUCAGGUCACAACUGGGACAAACCGAGCUUUCCUGAAGUGGCCAAGUUGAUCAACAAGACGUUGGACAAGCUGUUUCCUGAAUCGGAAGGUAUCACUCUUAUGUCAGAGCCUGGCCGUUAUUUUGCAUCUGGUGGCAUGACAUUGGUUGUUCGAAUCAUUGCUCGUCGUAUUCACAAUCAGAAUUACAAAUCUCAAGAAGAAAUAAUUAAACUCGAACGUUCAUUCUCUUUGCCAACAAAUUCACUAGUACAAGCAGCCAAUACUGAUCAAAGUGCAAUGUCUGAACAGGUGCUCAUUGAAUGUGCCGAAAAUAUAUACUAUAUCAACGAUGGUAUCUAUGGAACGUUCAAUGCUAUCAUUUUCGACCAUAAAGUAUUCACUGUCCACUAUCUCAAAAUAGGAGAACAAGAAAGCAAUCCUGAGCAGUAUAAAUCGGUGAUUUUUGGACCAACGUGCGACUCUAUUGAUUGUAUUGCUCAUUCAAUUGAUCUACCGUUGUUGGAAAUCGGUGAUGUGCUGUGGUUUCCAGAUGCAGGCGCAUAUACCAGUGCGUGUGCAUCAGAUUUUAAUGGGUUCAAAACGAAAAAAUGCAUGUUUAUUUGGAAGGGUUAG